AUGGCCCAACAAACCCCCAACACCGCUGCCUUCGUCCCGUCCGCCGGCGCGGCCCUCGUCCUCGGCGAACGCCCCAUCCCCACCCCGGGCCCCAACGAGCUGCUCAUCCGCACCCACGCGAUCGGCAUCAACCCCAUCGACUGGAAGCGCCAAGCUUUCGGCAUCGCCAUCCCAUCCUACCCCACCAUCCUCGGCGCCGACGUCGCGGGUGUCGUGGUCGCCGUCGGUUCCGACGUAGCAUCUUCCGGCCUGUUCCGUCCAGGCGACCGCGUCCUUGGCUCAGCCGACGCCAUGGGAUCGGGAAACUUCGACCACGCCGGUUUCCAGACUUACACCAUCCUCUCGGCAUCCGCCACGGCCCCGCUACCGAAGUUCCUCUCCUUUACGGACGCCGCGACCCUCCCGACCGCGACCAGCACCCCAGCCAUCGCGCUGUACGAGACCCUCGGCCUGCCGGCCCCGGGCGUCCCCCUUCCGGCCCACAGCCGGAAGACGGGCAUCCUGAUCUGGGGCGGUGCGUCGCAGGUCGGAGCGGGCACGAUCCAGAUCGCUGCGCGUCAGGCCGGGUUGACGGUGUUUGCGGCUGCUAGCCCCGCACACCACGCGCGGCUGCGGGAGUUGGGCGCGACGGGGGUCGUGGACUACCGCUCGCCGACAGUUGUGGAGGACCUCCUGGCCGCGGCGGAACAGGCUGGGGUGGAGAUCACGCUGGGGGUGGAUGCGGUGUCUUCGGAGCAGACGUUGAAGACGACUGCGGAGGUGUUGAGCCGGUUUACUACUACGGAGAAGAAGGGACGAUUGGCGACUGUGGCCCCGUGGCCGCAGGGGCUGACGGUGCCUGGGGAUGGGAGUUUGGAGGUGGGGUGGGUACAGGGAGGCAAGAUUUGGAGUGACAGGAAGGAUUUGGGUGAACUGCUGUUCAACCAGCUGUUGGCUGGAUGGUUGGAACGGGGCGAGUUUGUGCCUGGUAAGGCAAAGGUUUUGGAGGGGGGCUUGGGAGCACUGCAGAAGGGUUUGGAGGAGUUGAAGAAGGGGGUCAGCGGGGAGAAGUUGGUCGUAGAGGUGUGA